AUGAACGGCUUCCACACCCUCCCGCACGAGCUGCAGAUCCAGAUCCUGCUGCACCUGCCCCCGACGGCCGUGUUCGCGCUGCGCUCGGUGUGCACCUCCUGGCACGAGAUCCUGUGCUCGCCGCAGAUCGAGCACGCCAUCAACCUCUCGCUGCUCUUCCCGACGACCGCGGCCGACCUGCGGUCGCGGCUGCUGCGGCGGACGCGGCUGCUGCGCGGCGACCCCGUGCAGAUCUGGGAUGUGGACGACGGCGAGGAGACGCUGACGCUGUAUUCGGAGGGGUUUGUGGUCAUGGCCCACAGCAGGUGUGGCGGCCCGGGCAGGCUGGGGAUAUGGGAUUGCAGGCGGCCGAAGGGGCAGGAUGGGUGUGUUGCGAGAAUCGACUUGAUGGCGUUGGUGAAGGAGCUGUAUUUGGAGCUGUGGGAGGGGCGGGCCGGCUUGGGCGCGGGGGAGGCGGACGAGGAGGGCGGGGGGCUGUCGGGAUCGGGAGGGGACCGCAGGGCGGAGAUGCCUUUCAGGUUGAUGACCCAUUACUCGUGGGCCGAGAAUGGAAAUGUGUUGCUGGUUCUGGGCGAGCCGGGGAAUCCGCGCAAGCCAAAGCAUCCAAAAAUAUUCUUGUUGUUUUCUCUGGCCACGGGAGACUUGAUUAGGAGCUGGAAAGUCUCCUUUGCUGGCCGCGUUAUAUCUGCGCAUUUCACCUCGACGAUAUUGCUUCUCGUCACUUCUUUGCCGCAGUCGCUCGAUAUCUGCGAUGAUCUCCUGCACCAUAUCACCACAUACUCAAUCAGCACUGGCGCACAGCUGUACACCCAGCCCAUACCAUCAAUUGAGCUCCCUGCGCCGCCUUCAUACCCGCCUGGAUCCGCAUGGUGCCACGCUCCCACAGCGUCCUACUACCACAACCACAUCACCCUUGACGAUGCAGACAACUUCUACACGCCCGAGGUGCAGACGAAUGCCAAAGGCCCGCGCUAUCACAUCUACGAAGCCCGCUCCGCCCACACCGGCGCUCUCGCAGCCACAAUCGCCCUCUCCCCCGUCAACGAGGCCGUCGCAGCGUCCAACCACUGGCGCUACGACUCCACAAUCUUCACCUGCCCCUCGUCGCGCGUCCACCACUUCAGCACCUACAAGCCGUACCCGGAGACGCUCGCCGACCUGUCCCUCUCCGCCGACGAGGAGCGCGACAUCUACAGCACCACCUACACAAACUGGAACGCGACCACGCUCUCCCGCCGCACCUCCCUCCUCCUCCCCCCGCUCGACGGCUACAACAUCGCCGGCACCGACGCGCCCGAGAUGACGUCGUACCUGUUGGCGGUGCGCUGGGGCGUCGCCGUCGGCGACUACUACCACUUUGGCAAGCGCUGCUGGGUCUACAACGUCUCGGGCGCCAACGAGGAGGUCGUCACGGGCGCGACCAUCCCCGAUGCGGCCGAGGGCCUCCGGAGAUGCGCGCCGCUGGCCUGCUAUCUCCCCAGCACGCCGCUGGACCAGCACCUGCACUCGCCCACGGGGUCGUCGCCAAAGUCGUGGCGCCGCUUCAAGAUGCUGCUGAAGGCGUUUGGGGUGCGGCCGCCGGCGGGCGCGGUGGGGGAGGGUAUCAUACUGGGGGACGAGGAGCCGCCGUGCAGGACGCACUCGCCGACGCUGCCUGAGGGCGUCGUGUGUAGGUGGCUGCCGGAGGUGCUGAGGGAUGCGACGGUGGUGGGCGGCGACGACGGGGUGUGGGCGGUGGCGGUGUGCAGUGAUGAGGGGGGGAGGCGGGCGAAGAGGCGGGUGUGGAUCUCGUGGGAUGAGGGGUUGAGACUGCCGGGGAGGGGGUGGGCGAGGUGGUAG